UGACUCUAGCCUGGAUGUCUCAUUACCACUUGACUAUAUCGGCCAAGAAUAUUUUAUCUUUACCACAUGGAACGUGGACAUGUUGAACACUAAGAACAGAAUCAAGUGUCAAGCUGUCUAUGAUUGGACUCACAUCAACAUUACAGCUCCCAAUAUUUCCUUUCUGCUGGAGUCUGUAGGCGACACAUAUGAAACAAAUGAAACCAACGACCAAUAUUACUACAUCAAUGGAAACACAAGUUUUUAUGUUUAUCUCAUCAUUUCAAGACAUUCAGACAGUCACCAAGAGUUAUGUGUGACGACAUUGCUUCCACCCAGUGUCUGGAGAGAUGAGUAUAGUUUGGCCAGGGUCUCUGAGGUCUACACAGUCUACAUGUACAUCAUUGCUGAGAUCCGAUUCUCCUCGGACAUCCUGACCAAUGACACAUCAGUACAGUGGACAUGCCAACAUGUUAAUGGUUAA